AUGGCGCGCCUCCCGGACGUCGACGCCGCGUUCGCCGCGGAGGUGCCGCACCCGGCGCGGACGUUCCCGUUCGCGUUGGAUUCGUUCCAAAAAGAAGCCGCGUACAGGCUCGAGCGCAACGAGUGCGUGUUCGUCGCCGCGCACACGUCCGCGGGGAAGACCGUCGUCGCGGAGUACGCGUUCGCGCUCGCGUCGAAGCACUGCACGCGGGCGAUUUACACGUCGCCGAUUAAGACGAUCUCGAACCAAAAGUUUCGCGACUUCACGAAGGACGGGUUCGACGUCGGCUUACUCACCGGGGACGUCUCGAUCCGACCGGAAGCGCCGUGUCUGAUCAUGACGACGGAGAUCCUUCGCAGCAUGCUGUACCGAGGCGCGGACCUCAUCAGGGAUGUGGAGUGGGUCAUUUUCGACGAGGUGCACUACGUGAACGACGCUGAAAGAGGCGUGGUCUGGGAGGAAGUCAUCAUCAUGCUCCCCGAGCACGUCGGCUUGGUCUUGCUCUCCGCGACCGUGCCGAACGUGUGGGAGUUCGCGGACUGGGUCGGACGCACGAAACGGAAGAAGGUGUACGUCACCGGCACGACGCGUCGGCCGGUGCCGCUGGAGCAUAUGCUCUACUUCGGAGGCGACUCCGAGGAGGAUUUCUACAAGGUCGGCGAACGCGAGGCGUUCCUCCCGGCAGGGUACAAAAAAGCCGCGGACGCGCUGAAUAAGAGCAAGAAAAAACCACCAGGCGGCGCGGGCGCGGCCCCGCAAGGCGGACCAGGCGCGGUCGCCGCCGCCGGCGCGCGCGGGAGAGACAAGUCCGUGUGGACGGAGCUGAUCAGGAACUUGGAACGACGCGAUCUCCUCCCGAUGGUCGUCUUCGCGUUCAGUAAGCGGCGGUGCGACACGAUGGUCGACUCGCUCACGGGGUUGGAUCUCACCGGGGGCGCGGAGAAACACGAGAUUCACGUGUUCUGCGAGCGCUGCCUCUCGAGACUGUCGCCGCCGGAUCGUAAGCUCCCGCAGGUGCUUCGCGUCCGGGAGUUGCUGAGGCGCGGCCUGGGCGUGCACCACGCCGGCCUUCUGCCGAUCGUGAAGGAGAUCGUCGAGAUGUUAUUCUGCCGAGGGCUUUUGAAAGUUCUGUUCUCCACGGAGACGUUCGCGAUGGGCGUGAACGCCCCGGCGCGGUCGGUGUGUUUCCAAGAUUUACGGAAACACGACGGGAGCGAAUUCCGAGGGAUACUCCCGGGGGAGUACACGCAGAUGGCCGGCCGAGCGGGUCGACGCGGGUUAGACCCCGUCGGGACCGUGAUCAUCGCGGCGUGGGACAACUUCCCGACCGAGUCUGUAGUUCGUAACUUACUCGCCGGCAAGGCGACGAAGCUCCAGUCGCAGUUCCGGUUAACGUUCGGGAUGAUCCUGAACCUGAUGCGCGUGGAGGAUCUGCGCGUGGAGGAUAUGCUCGCGCGGUCGUUCGCGGAGUUCCACGCGCAGCGCGGGGUGAUGGAUAAGAGAGCCGGUCUGGCCCUCGACGUCGCGGCGUUGAAGCGCGUGAACCACCUCGCCGCGGAGGAAGAAGCGUCGGACAUCGUCGGAUGGGCCGCCGCGGAGGCGCACGAGCACGCGAGCGCGGCGGUGAGGCACGCCGCGGCGGAGGUUAGAGCAGCGGUGCUGACGAGCAAAGGCGGGAUCGCCGCGAUGACCGCGGGGCGGGUGUUGUUGAUCGCCGGCGGCGGCGGGGACAUCGACAAGCACGGGGCGUUGUUGCGAAUCAAAGGGGGCAAACGCGGCGGCGGCGGAAGCGAAGACGCUCGAAUAGAAGGCCCGAUGCCGCCGUCGCUGCCGUGGCGGCUCUCGUCCGCGGGCAUGGACUACCUCGUCCGCGCGGUCCCGUUCGACUCCGUCCUCGCCAUCACGGAAGCGAAAAUACCCGUGGAACAAGGCGCGUUGCUCGAGGCGCCGACGGAUGGCUCCUCGCCGCCGCCCGCCGCCGCCGCCGCCGCCGCGCGCGCGCUGUCCGCGCUCGAGAAGACGCUAUCGAACGGUUCACCCGCCGCGCUUCACCCGGUGAAAGACCUGAAACUCGCGGACGUCGCCGCGGUGGAGCUUUGCCACGAGCACUCGCGCCUCGUGUCUCGGCUCCCGCCGUUGCCGCCGCUCAGGGCGUGGCACGCGCUUCUCGACGCGCGGCGCGAGCUGCAGAAACGCGUGGACGACGCGGAGUACAACCUCAGCGACGCGAACCUCCAGCAGAUGCCGGACUUCGAGACCAGGGUCCAAGUGUUACAAACCAUGGGGUACCUCGACGAGGAUCGCACGGUGACGCUGAAGGGACGCGUCGCGUGCGAGAUCGCCACCGGGGACGAGCUCGUGGGCACGGAGAUCAUCUUCGACGGCGUCUUACGCGACCUCCCACCAGAAGAAGCCGUCGCCGUCCUCGCCGCGCUCGUGUUCCAGGAGAAGAACGCGUCCGCGCCGGAGCUUCACGGGUCGCUCCUGGAAGCGUGCGAGCGCUCGAAGGAGCUCGCGUUUCUCGCCGGGGAGGAGCAGCUCAAGAAAGGCCUCGCGAUCGCCCCUGAUGAAUACGUCACGACGACGCUUCGUUUCGGACUCACCGAGGUCGUCAACGAGUGGGCGAAAGGAACGCUGUUCUCGGACAUCUGCACGAUCACGGACGUCCAGGAAGGGAGCAUCGUACGAACGAUCGUGCGCCUGGACGAGAUGUGCAGGGACGUUCGAAACGCGGCUCGAAUAAUGGGCGACUCGGCGUUGUACGAGAAAAUGGAGCAAGCGUCCGCGGCGAUCAAGCGGGAUAUCGUCUUCAGCGCGUCCCUGUACGUCGCGGGGGCGUGA